CGGAAUUUGUAAGAUUUGUAAGAAUUGAUCGCUCUAGCAGCGGAGGCUCAAUCCAACAUGGGUAGUAGGAAAAGCCUAAGCGAAGCGAGAGUGGACUUUUACUAGAGAGAGUUUCAGAAAAAUCGUCGUGGCAGUGACGAGAGUGUCCCUGCUAGCGCCACGCACACCGAGUUUGCAGGCAGCAUGACAGUAGGAUGUCCGACCGGUGCGGAUGUGAAGACACCCGUGUUCGGUCCAAGUGAGGGAAUGACCGGUAUGGCCGAAGCCAUGUUCGGUCCGAGUGGGGUGACCAUUGCGGCCGUAGCCGCGGUUGGUCCAAUAACCGAGGUAACCGGAGCAGACCCCAUAGUCGCGCUCGAUCCAACGAAGGUGGUGAUCGGAGUGGACCCCAUGGCCGCACUCGUCUUGUACCCAAAGUACUUGAAGUCCCGGAAAAAGAUAAUGGACUCGUCUUGUACCCGAAGUACUUGAAGUCCUAGUUAAACAAAGAGCUAGUAAAAGAAAAGUUGAUUUUCUUGAUACUACAGUUUUAUACAAUAAUAUGUUUAUAUUAUCAAAGUAAAGAGUUUUGAGAAAAGUAUAUGUCUACGCUAUUAUAUUUCGUACCUAUUGUUAUAAUUGGUACCACUCAGCUUUUGCUGAUCGGGUUGGCUCCAUUUUUUUAGGUACACAAACAGAAUAGUGACCGAAUCGGAGGACAAUGAUAAGGCGAUGGAAGGAUGGACGAGAUGACAUAAAGAAAGAUAAUAACAAUAAAGAUGUUAUUUUGAAAUAUAUAUUUUGUACGAAUAUGUUAAGCUUCCGCAUGUAUAAUAGUUACUCUGAUAUUAUCAAUAAAUAAAUAAGUUUUGUUUAAUGCUCCAUUUUCCGAUUCAAAAAGUUAGAUCCGUUAACACCGCGAGUCGGAUAUUCGAAUAAAUUCGGGGCUAUAUAUAUACAUGUGCAUAAAAUAACUUAGAACCGCACAUUACUCCGUAAAUGAUAAAAACUAACAAGUACUUGUAGGAGCUUUAAACUAAGUCUAGGGUAAGAACUACCAUAGUCCAUAGCUAUUAAGCUUGAACAACAUCAAAUUAACGGAGAAGAAGUUCGCUAGAGUCCGUCAACGUACCACGAACUAUUGUCCAUCGGGGUCUUUCCUCCAUUGAACCAAGGUACACAAACAGAAUAGUGACCGAAUCGGAGGACAAUGAUAAGGCGAUGGAAGGAUAGACGAGAUGACAUAAAGAAAGAUAAUAACAAUAAAGAUGUUAUUUUGAAAUAUAUAUUUUGUACGAAUAUGUUAAGCUUCCGCAUGUAUAAUAGUUACUCUGAUAUUAUCAAUAAAUAAAUAAGUUUUGUUUAAUGCUCCAUUUUCCGAUUCAAAAAGUUAGAUCCGUUAACACCGCGAGUCGGAUAUUCGAAUAAAUUCGGGUAUCCGGG